GCCAAUCUUGCAGCUGUUUUUCUGUUCCCGCUUUUCAUAAAUUAUUUUCAGAUGGGUGUCACUGGAGCAGCCACUGCCACCGUUGUGUCUCAAUACAUAGGUAGCUUCUUGAUGAUUUGGUUUCUUAGCAAGAGAGUAAUAUUAUUACCUCCAAAAUUUGGAGAUCUGAAGUUUGGGGUCUAUUUAAAAUCUGGUGGAUUUCUGAUUGGAAGAACUGUGGCUGUUUUGAUAACUAUGACGAUUGGGACCUCGAUGGCUGCUCGUCAAGGUCCUCUAGCUAUGGCUGCUCAUGAAAUCUGUAUGCAAGUGUGGUUGGCUGUCUCUCUUUUAACUGAUGGAUUGGCCGCAUCUGGUCAGGUCUACACUCCGAGGAAUGCGCCUAUACUAGUGAGGAAAUUGAUGUGGUUCGUGAGCAACGGGCUAAGUGUUUUACCCGCAAGUAUUUACUAUUGGCUUGAGCGCGCUUGAUCGAGGUGGUUUAGUUGUUAUAGAACAAUCGUUUCCAUUAAAAUGUAUGCGUACAUUGAAAUUGGAACGUAUAUUUGAAUGUAGUACGUGCACUUUGGUUUUGGGAUAUAUAUAUAUGUAUACAAAACACCAGUUAUUAUUUUUUAUAUUUGUUCUACAGGUUGCGAUAUUUUAUUUAUUGUUGUUGACAGGUUCCUAUAUU